AUGGCUGUCUUAAGACUUGAUGCUAUGCCCAAAAACCUUUCCCUCAAUAAGACAGUGACAGUGAGUAAGAAAUACAACAACAAGGACUUUGACCCCAGCCUCGCUGUGGAUGGUGACCACAGUACGGACCUGUUAAAGUGUUCCUUAACUGCUUCCGGUCAGAAGGAGGCGUGGCUUACUGUGGACUUAGGGGAUGAGAAAUAUAUCACAUCUAUUUCAUUCAUACAUGGCGGUUCUGGAGACACUUUGUCGGGGUUCUCUGUAUAUGUGUCAGAUACAACAGACUGGAGAUCAGGGACCCUGUGUUAUCAGCAUGACAUAGAACAACUCCUGAAUAACACCGUCACUAUCGACUGUUUAACGGCAGGUCGCUAUGUUACCAUAUAUAACUCAAGGUUCCAGUCAAAUUCAUCUUCAUUUUCCGAGUUUGCUUACAUCAACAUUUGUGAAAUAAAUGUUACAGGAUGUGACAUCGGAUUUUAUGGUAAAAACUGUACAAAAUGUCCUGACAACUGUUUAAACGAUGUGUGUCACUUUCAAAUCGGACAUUGUUUUGAUUGUAAAGAUGACUUCAAAGGUGAAAUGUGUGAAGAAUGCCCUUCUACAGUAUACGGACCUAAUUGUAACACGUCUUGUAGUGAACAUUGUCAUCACAGACUAUGUAACCAUACAACAGGCCAUUGUUUAGCGUGUGCCGAUGACCGCUUUGGUAUCCUGUGCGAGACUGAACUACCUGCUAAAGCAACUUUUGAUACUAUGUCGGUUUUAACUGCAACGACUACCAUUUCCUUAGUGGUGAUUGUAGUACUUAUAUCAUACAUACUAUGGAAGAAAUACCCGUAUUCAAGACAAACACCAACACGAAAUCACGAUGUGCCGGAAGUUAUAUCCAUCGGCAGUAAAUAUGAAACACUUCAAAGAAAGAAACCAUCAGACGAACUUGAAAACAAUCCAGCAACUGAGUACAUGGAGAUAACAUCUUUAUCCCCAGAAUGCUUCCUUCUAUCAGAAAACCUGGCUUUUAAUAAGACGGUGACAGUGAGUCAGAGAUACAACAAUAAGGACUCGCUGUGGAUGGUGACCACAGUACAGACCUCUUAA